AUGUUGGAGGAGACAAUUGUGCAUCGAGAAGGGAAGCUGCUGUGCUCGCCAAGACCAACUGGCCAGUUCGGCCGAACCUUACGAGCAAGAGAUGUGUCCUCCUUGAGGAAGAAGUGUAGACUUCCUUCUGUUGUGAUCAAGUCCUCCUCGAAAAAAAUCUCGUAUGCUGAGAAGACCAAGAAGCAAAGAGCUACUGACUUUCCUUACAGAAGUUUGAGUCGUCUACAUCUGUCAAAGGAUGAGGAUCGAACUGGGAAGGCUGCUUCUUUCCUUAGCAAGCUCACGCCACCUGCCGAGUUACGAGAAGUCAAGUGUGGAGUUGGUCCAAAGUUGAUGGCUUUCUUCGAGGGGAGAAUGCCUGCAGAGAAAGGUUCAACAAGUGCUCGAGCUGAUGGCCCAAUGGGUGACAAGCCUGGCUCUGUAAGGGACGCAUGCGUGUCUUAUCUGCUGAAGAUGAACUUCAUGUUAUAUCGUCUGCUUGUGUCGGAUUGGUUGAUCAUUUACGUCAAGUCGACGAUCUUGGCACAUUUCCAAACCUUUCUCCGAAGAAACAAAAGGAUGAGACUUUUGCUUUACUUCAAAAAAGAGUUGGAUAAGAAGAAUACUGCUCUAACUGACCUGCUAUCAACUGAGCAGAAGCAGAAAGAGAUGAAAAUUUCAUAUUUGAAGAGAAAUAUGUCCUUGCUGAAGAGUUCCCUUGCUAUGAAGGAUUGUGAACUCGAUUCCUCUGCUGCUGCCUUGAAUGAAUGA